GAGAGCUCCCCCAACAGUCGUGUAACUGCAAGCUCAUGGCUUCAUCUUCCUCUUCCCACCGACCUUCUUCUUAUGAUGUGUUUAUCAAUUUUAGAGGUCUAGAUACUCGCACAAACUUUGUCAGUUUGCUCUAUAAUGCUCUAACAAAAGAAGGAAUCAAGGUCUACAAAGAUGACGAAGAACUCAGGGAAGGAGAAGAGAUCUGCCCCUCGCUUCUAAGAGGAAUCCAGGAGUCUAAUAUCUCGAUUCCUGUAUUCUCUAAAAAUUAUGCAGAUAGCAAAUAUUGUUUGAUGGAACUUGCUGAGAUAUGGGAGUGCCAUUUAUCUGACGGUCAAACCAUUUUGCCCGUAUUUAUUGAUGUUGAGCCACGAGAUAUUCGACAUCAGACCCAGAGUUUUGAGGAACCAUUUAAGAAACACCAGAGUAAGUGCAAGGCUAUUGACGUACAGAGAUGGAAGAAAGCAUUGGAAGAUGUGGGGAAUCUAAAGGGAUGGCCUCUCAUGGGAGAUGCAACCAUUGAGGAUCAAUCAAAUUUAGUCGAGUUAAUUGUUCAAAGGAUUUUGAGAGAACCAAGUAGCUCCCCCUUGGGCGAAUGCAAACACCCUGUUGGAAUAGACUUCCACAUAAAUAAACUACUUUCUUUAUUAAAUAUUGAUUCCAAUGGUGUACGCUUUGUGGCAAUAUGUGGCAUGGGUGGCCUCGGAAAGACAACUAUCGCAAAGGCCAUUUACAAUUGCAUUUUUAAAAGAUUUAAUGGGAGUAGCUUUCUUACAGAUGUGAGAGAAGAAGCAUCACAAGGAGAUAAGGGUUUGGUUUCCUUACAAAAUCGACUUCUUGAAGAUAUCUUGAAAAGGGGCCACGACGUGAGAAUUGUUUCUCAAGGAUCAGAAUUGAUAAGAAGACUGCUUAAUGGAAAAAAAGUUCUUCUUAUUCUUGAUGAUGUGGAUGAUCAUUUACAGCUUGAUGUAUUGGCUGGUGGAAUCAAUUGGUUUGGUGAAGGAAGCAGGGUCAUCAUAACAACUAGAGAUGACCAAAGUUUGAAUGCUCAUAAGGUUGAUAAGGAUAUUCAAAUAUACAAGCCUGAAGGACUGGAUUUUGAGAAUUCCCUUCAACUUUUAAGUUUGUAUGCCUUUUCAAAAAGCGAACCUCCGGAAAAGUAUAAGCAGCUUUCACAUAAAAUUGUACAAUAUGCUGAAGGGCUACCCCUAACUCUAGAGGUGUUAGGUUCUUUUUUAUUUGGCAAAGAGAAAGAAGAAUGGGAAGAUACAAUAGAAGGAUUGAAAGAUAUCCUUGAUAAUAUGGUCUCUGGAAUGUCUAUACAAAGCUAUGAUGAGAAGGUUGUUGCAAAGUUGAUGAUAAGUUACAAUAAACUAAGUGAUCAUGCAAAAAUUAUAUUUCUUGAUAUUGCAUGCCAUUUUAUUGGAUUUGAAGCUGAAAAAAUAAAUCCAAUAUGGGAAGCUUGUGAGUUGCGUCCAAGAUUAGCCAUAAAGGAACUCACUCAAAAGCACCUCCUAAAGAUUGAGGCUUAUGGGACAUUGAGGAUGCAUGAUCAACUUAAAUUCAUGGGAAGGAGAAUUGUCUCAAAAGGCAGCCAUGGGGACCCUGCUAAACGUACCAGAUUGUGGUCUGAAGAUGAAAUCCUAAAAGUAUUAGAAAAAAGCAUGGGAACUCAAAUGGUUGAAGGUAUCUUCCUUCCGCGUGAAGUACAUAUAGAUGAUUUAAGCUUUGAAGACUUUGAGAAGAUGCCCAAUUUAAGAAUGCUUGAAGUUGACAGAUUCUACCUCAAUGGGGAUUUUUCACAUCUUCCUUCUCGAUUAAGAUGGUUGAGUUGGUGGAGGUGCCCUUUAGAAAUUCUACCAGCCAAUUUUUAUCACGAGCAACUAGUGCAUCUUGAUUUAACAAAUAGUCAUAUCAAACUAGCUUGGAAUGAUAAACCUCAAAAUAAAAAUAAGAGGUUUAAAAAAUUGAAGGUUCUUAUUCUUGAAGGAUGUUCUCUUCUCUCAGACUCUCCACACUUCUGCUCAUGGUUUCCAUACUUACAAAGAUUGGAUCUCACGGACUGUAGUUCUCUUUUGGAACUCCCAGAUAGUAUUUGUCAAAUUGCUUCAAUCAAAACUCUUAUUCUCAAAAAUUGUUUUUCCAUCAACAAGUUGCCUAUGUCCAUAGGAAACCUAAAAAAUUUGGUUAAGCUUUCGGUAAGUGGGACGAAAAUUGAAGAACUGCCUGAUGGUGUAGGUCAGCUAGAGAAGCUUGAGGACUUAGAUGUUUCAGAUUGCCACAAACUGGUGAAGCUACCAACAUCAAUGGGUAGAAUGAGGAGUUUACUUCACUUUGAACUGUCUGAUACUAUGAUUGUAAAAAUACCAGAUGAUUUUUCAAAGGUCUUGAGCAUAGAGGUGUUAAGAAUGCGCAUGGUGGAGCUAGAUGAUCAGACAGACUACAAGAGACUCCAACCACUGUCGUAUGGUAUGAGUGUUUUUCCCUCUCAGCUUCAGGAGCUAUAUUUGAAAGGCUACAUGAACCUUCGAUCUCUCUCAAAGCUUCCCUCGACUUUAACUUGUCUGGAAGUUAAGAAGUGUAUUUCGCUGCAGAUAAUUUCAGAUCUAUCACACUUGGAAAGGUUGAAGGAAUUAUUUCUUUAUGAUUGCAAAUCAUUGGUAAGAAUAAGAUUACCUGAUUUGUCAAACAUGAAAAGAUUUAAAGUGAAGGGUUGCUCCAAAUUGAGAGAAUUAGGGAUUAGAAAUUGUGAAAAUAUAAAGAUUAGCAAUUGUGAAAAUCUAGAGGAAAUUCACGGCCUCCUCGAAGGAACAGAAUCCUUGGAAAAGUUAGAAGUGAACGAUUGCCCCAAAUUAACGGAGUUACAGAAUUUGUCAAACUUGAAAAGAUUGAGGGAUUUAAGAAUUAGACGUUGUGCAAACCUAAAGGAAAUUCAGGGCCUCGAAGCCCUGGAAGAGUUGAGAUUGGCAGGUUACCCCAAAUUAACAGACUUACCUGAUAUAUCAAACCUGAAGAGAUUGAAUAAAAUAUAUGUUUUUGAUUGUUUAAAUCUUGAGAAAAUUCAAUGCUUGGGAGGAGCAGAAUCUUUGAAAACAUUGAAGGUGUGGAAUUGCGACAAAUUAACAAAGACAACGAGGAAGAUAAUUGGGCAGGGAAGACUUGUACAUAAUGUUGGCAAAAGUGGUCGAAGUAACCAUGAGGGCUCACCAGUUCUGUGUGUUGUUUUUGGAUUCACUUCUAAGAAUCAAGUGAAAGUUGUGGCCGGUGAGCUAGUAAACAUCACUCUUGCGAUUCGCACUCGUAUCCGUUGGAGAGGAGAAAUAAGGAUGUGUCAUCAUUCAAUUAGAGUGGAGGACAUUGAAUUCUCUAAUGAGCGAGACAUAAUCUACAUCCACCAUUUCAAAGGGUUUAAUUGGUUAGGGUUUCCAUUGGAAAGCAAAGAUUCUAUUGAGGGAUUAGUUGUAAGGAUAUUGAAAGUAUUCAGGCACCCAGAUAUUUGCCUUUUCGAUACGGUUGAACCCGGCGCCCAUGUGAAAUUCUGUAAGGUGUUGUUCGAAAACGAGGAAUUAGAGCAGCAAAUGCCUAACCAACAAUCCAGUGCUAUGUUGGUAGCAGAUUUCUUCAUAUGGUCAGAUGCUGAUGAUGAUGAUGAAGAAAUGGAGGAAGUAGAAGAUGCCGACAAAGAGGAGGAGGAGGGGGAAGAAGAUGCUGUUGAUGAUGAUGAUGAAGAGGUGGAGGAAGAAGAAGAUGCUGAUGAUGAUGAAGAGGUGGAGGAGAAAGAAGAUGCUGACGAUGAGGAGGUGGAGGAGGAGGGUGGGUUGAAGGCAGCUAGCAACUAUGUCGAAGCUUGUCUUGAUGAGGAGGACAACAAGGCAGGUCGUUCAGGGGUAUGCAAUUGCUUUGUCGCAGUGAAUGCUGUCUGGGAUGGAUUCUGUAACUGUUUCAGUAGAGGGUUUUUGUGAUAAUGGUCCUUCACUGAUAUAUAGCCACCCUGAGUUCAAUAAUUUUCUCAAGUAACAAUGGUUAUGGUGGUUUUAUUAUUUUGGCGAGAUAUGUUACUGGUGCCAGCUAAAUACCAAGCAGAACCUGCAGCUUGAUCAAUGUGUCACACAAGUCAUUUCUUCAGGACGUACACCACGCCGUAGCAACUAGUGGGAUCGAAGAAGUUGCACAAGUGUGUCUCUGUUCCUGGUGCAUGCUUUUAUAGUCUGAAGACAUGGGACGAUCUCUGCAACUCAGCUCUUCAUAAUAUGGAAUUCCAUGAGAGCUCUUGCAAAAAAAUUAGUUAUAACCUAAAUCAUUUUCAUCUUUAUGUACUUUAUCAGGUUUUCUUCAUGAUGGGAAGAAUAUGGACAGGAAAGAUAGAGAACUAUAAGUUCUUUCUACUGGAAUAUUCUUUUCAUGACUGCUUGUUGGGUUCUAAAAUAGUUCCAAUCAUUGCUACUUUUAAUUCAAUAAGUUUCAGAGUUUCUGGUAGAAAUUGACCAGUUUAAUGUUUUACUGGGCUUCUGUAGUCAGGUCUCAUCUUAGAGAACAUUUAGAGUUUGAAAUGCAAUCUCAUAAAUUUGUAUCUCAUAAUUUAGAUUGUUCCUAUAUUUGCUUCAUGGUGUAGAACUUCUAGGCUUUGUAACAGGAUUCAAACAUAAAGUAUUUAGGUUUUUGAGAAGAAUUUGAUUUUGAAUGCCACAGUUUGGGCUU